AUGAAAGAUCGACUCCAAGAACUAAAGCAGAGAACAAAAGAAAUUGAACUUUCUAAAGAGAACCAUGUACCAACAGCAGAAGCAGAAGAACAAGGAGUAUUUCCACAGCAAGCUGUUAUUUAUGAAAGAGAGCCUAUAGCUGAGAGACAACUAUACGAAAUCCAAAAACUACAAGACAGUAUUAAUGAUUUAACAGAUGACGUUCAAAGAUUUGGACAGCAACAGAAAAGUCUUGUGGCUUCAAUGAGGAGGUUUAGUCUACUUAAGAGAGAGUCUAGCAUCACAAGAGAGAUAAAAAUGCAAGCAGAACACAUUAACAGGGGCUUGGAUGCUUUGGUCAAAGAGGUCAGGAAGUCAGAGGCUGAAAACGGUCCAUCCUCUGUGGUCACAAGGAUACUUCAAUCUCAGCAUGCUGCAAUGUUCCGCCAUUUUCAACAAACCAUGCUUGUAUACAAUGACACAAUAACAGCAAAGCAAGAGAAGUGCAAGACAUUUAUUUUCCGUCAGCUUGAAGUUGCUGGAAAGGAGGUGCCUGAAGAAGAAGUUAAUGACAUGCUUCAACAAGGAAAAUGGGAAGUUUUUAGUGAAAGCAUACUCACUGAAAUCAAUAUCACUAAAGCCCAACUCUCAGAGAUUGAACAGAGACACAAGGAACUUGUUAAUUUGGAGAACCAAAUAAAGGACUUAAGGGAUCUUUUCAUUCAUAUAUCUCUUUUAGUAGAAGAACAAGGAGAAAGCAUCAACAAUAUCGAAAUGAUGGUGAACAGUACAAAAGAAUACAUUAGCAACACUAGAGAAAAAUUUGGACUAGCUGUAAAAUACAAAAAAAGAAAUCCUUGCAGGGUAUUGUGUUGUUGGUGCUGUCCAUGCUGUGACUCAAAAUAA